AUUGUUCAUUUACAGUUAUAACGCAUAUGACAUUAAGUUGACAGGUACACAAAGAAAUGAGUUCCAGAUGAUAUGAAAAUAAGACAGAGAUGGAUAUUAAGCGUGAAAAAGUAACAUCAAAAUCACUAUCAUAUAUAUUGGAUAAAAAUGAUUUGAACAAAUAUGCCUCUGAAUUAUCAGAGAGGAACAUGCACAUGGAAGAGUUCACUGAAACAUUUCUUUGUGGGUCAUACAACAUGGCUAGUGGUGGUUCUGCAGAAGGAACUAAGAAACAAGGGGGAGAUUCAGACGUAAUGGGAAUUUGGAAAGGUGUUGAAGCCCUAGAAGUACACAAAUAUAUACCAAAAUUUGGAAUUGAACUGCUUAUUGAAAGAGAUGGAUGCAGUCCAGGUUAUGUGAAACUGGUUUGCAGGAAAUUUCACAUGUUAGACCUUUCAGCGAAUAUACCAAAUGGCACACUUUGUCGACAAUUUGUGUCAAUGUUACCUGAUUUAGAGACGAAAUUUGGAAAUGAGACAUACAUAUCAAGUACUCAAUUCAAAAAGUGUAUCCAUUGGAAUGAAUACAUAUUCCCAGAUAAGUUUACAGACACGGCUAUAACAAUUAGUGGACCAUCACGUAAAAGUAAAACUUUACUUGGGGAAGUGGACUAUGUUACAGCAAUAGAGUGUGGCAGUUGGCCUAAAUGUGCACAUGAAUGGCUUAACCGUUCAAGAAAAUAUCAAUGGCCAAGUAAAGAGUUUCUACAAUCUUUACCAGAUAAAUGCAAGUGCUAUGUUGUACCUACUGGAGACGACUCUUCACCCAUUGCAGACAUUCAAUGGAAACUAUCAUUCGUCUCGAUUGAACGUGAACUUGUUUGGCAAAUUAAUGAUAUACAGUUGAAAUGCUUUAUUAUUUUGAAGAUUCUGAUGAAAAACAACACAUCUGCGUUACCAAACAAUACACUGAAAACGUAUCACUUAAAAAAUGCAAUGUUUUGGCUGGUAGAAGAAACACCAGCAGAACAAUGGAGCGCACACUUGUUGCAUGCACGAGUUAUUGAAUGUUUGGAGAAGAUAAUUCAGUAUGUUAGAAAUAAAUGUUUACCUCAUUAUAUAUUGCCUGAAAAUAACUUGUUUAGAAACAGAUUUAUGACCAGUGCUGAAACUAAAGAUACAAUAACUUGUUUAGAAAAUAUGCAAGGAAAUGUUUUGAAGAUUGUCAGAGACAUGUUUGCUUCUUCUGAGAAGAUUUUCAAUGACCAAAGGGUUUUCGAUUAUUUCAACAACGAUAUACGAAAUUUCAUAAUUUUCAUAAGUUCACGAUGCAGCUCUAGUCAUAUUAUUAAUUACAAAGAGAAAUUUUGUCAAAAAUUUGCGAAAGAAAGUAAAUUGGUAGUUGAAGGUAUAAAUGUAGCAAUUUCAAAAGCUAUGUAUAUCGAAAGCACAAACAACAAAAGCAAAAAAAGGGGCGUAUCUGAAGAAAUUAAACUGUAUCUUUGUACCACAUUAAAGACGACUGCUCUGAGUUACCUUUAUAGGGCCCUUUUUGAAUUUCAUAGCAGAAAUUAUACAACUGUUAUAACACUCAUUGAAGUUAUUGCUUCAAAGAUGAAGGAAUAUGGUUCACAUUUGCAAGAUGUGAGCUUUACUAAUGCAGAUAAUGCCUACCUUCCAGACUUCUUAAUUUUAGAACAAAAUAUUAAAGGCAACAGGUGUGUUACCAAAACGAAUCAGCUUAUCGUUUCAUUACUACUUAUGUUUCUUUCAAACUAUCAUUUAGGAAAUAUACAAAAAUGCCAUCGUGUCAUAAAAGAGUUGUCGGCUACAAUAAACGGCACCUGUUCAAAAGAAAUAGCUAUUUUAUCAGUCAAUCUGAACUGUUUAGGCUAUUGUUAUCUUUUGCUCGGAAAUGAGGUAUCUGCUUAUGAGACGUUUCGUAGAUCGUUGCUGAUUUUGCCAUCGGUUGUUAAUGCUGCCUUGUAUCACAUUGCAGGUCAGGGUAACGCAUUGUAACACGGCCAGCGAUUGGCUGAAAAAAAGUGCAGGGAAAACCGUAUGAGUCAAUUUAUACAUGAGGUGAUUGGAUGAAAGUGGGGUAUUUUUAAGUAUAAAAACUAAUUUAAAAAGUAACACUACAUUGUUUUCUGAAGAAAAUGAAAUAUUUCAUGAGUCUCUGUGAUAAUUUUGUCUUUGAUAUUUGCAUUUAUAAAAAGUGUAUGUCAGUCCUGUGAUCAGCAGAAAAUUUCAAUGAAAUGGGGGGUAAUCCUCUUUGAAGUCAUUUUGCAAAAAAUUUGGUUGGCUACCCCUAUAUAACAGGAACAUUUUUAUGUGUCAGGCAUUUCAUUCUGCUAGAAAAAUUACCUCUUUAGCAUGAAAACUCAAUUUUAAGGUAGGAUUAGGGACCAUUUCUUAUAAUGUAAGUCUAUGGAAAUAUCAAUGUGAGUGUCUGACCUAAAGAGAGGGAAAUUGGAACUGUCAUAAUUCAUUUGUUGUACUUUGUCUUCUUUGAUAUGCCACGAAAAGCUGAUAUUUUGGAAGAAUGGAUGUAUACAGCCUGUCUAGGUAUAAAAUUUCAUUAUUUCAAUGCAACUGUUGGUGUUUACAGCAGAUAAUGUGUCAAGGGGGUCAAUCUACAAGCAUUGUUUACAUAUGAAGAAGAGUAUUAUUGUUACUUAAAAGUUAAUAAUGGUUUGUGUUUUCUUUAAACAGUGAAUUUGAGUGAUAAUUAAUU